AUGAUGAUAAUGAUGGGUCGUGUGAUGUGUGUGUUGGCCGUUGUGCUGUGCUGCGCCUGCGGGUAUACCAUGGCGGCUGCUGCUGCUGUUGAUAAUGACAGUCCCAGUGGCCGUGGUGUAUCCCGUGGGGCUGUGGAGGUGUCGUGCGGGGCCGGCGGUGCGCUGCGUGUACGCCCCGCUGCUGAGAGCGAGUGGCUUACAUGCGGUGCGGGCAGCCGUGUGUCUGCAUGUGGGAAGUACGCAGACCUCUGCAGCCAGCGUACCGCAAGAACAGCAACAACAACAACUACUACUACUAAUGGACAACCAAAGGCGGUGAUGGCGAAUGGAGAUAGUCAUGAUUCUGUUGAUCGAAGUUCAGGGAUACGUGAUCAUUCGGAUUGGGAGGGUUUUCCUCUUCCUUCAGAGAGUGAGAGGAAAGAAAAAAUGAAAGAGAAGUGUAAGCCGGACUCCAUCCACGAAGUUGUAGUUGAAGGAAUAAAAUGUUCGGUGUGGUUAAAAUCUCAAAAGGUGGAGGAAGCAAGGAAACGUGUACACAGUACAGCAGAACGUGCGGGGAGCGAAGGCGCAGCAAUAAGAAGUGAUGUUCAAGAGGUACAAGUCGGACGCCCUGCUGAUGAAAUUCCACAUCGAGACUCUGACAGCAGCGACCACAAUGAUGGUACAUUAAGGUCCCCAGAGGACUCAUCAGCGCCUCAGGGUUCAUCUGGGACUUCUUCUCAUUCUGACACCAGCAUUACCGCCGCACAAGAAGUCUCUGCUUCCAGCGUAGAAACACCAGCAGUUACCAGCACAAACAUCCAAACUCAAGGUUCUACUGCAGAGAGCAGUACAACCGCAACACCUUCCACUAACAUGAGUACAGGUAACAGUGCUGCUGAAGAAACCACGGGUGUGAUUGAGCCAGCAGACUCACAAGAAACCAAU